AUGAUAGCUGGACAAGUCAGUAAGCCCUCGCUGCUGCUGUCAGUGCGGAGUGAAAUGAAUGCAGAGUUGAGAGGUGAGGACCAGGCAGCGACUCCAGACAGCGAGCUCAAUGAGCCCCUGCUUGCGCCCGGGGAAUCCAAUGACAGCCAGGACGCUCCCAGCAAGCUCUUCGGGGCCAGAGGAAACCCACCACCCGCUGACACAAGUGCUGCUGAUCAACACCCAUCUGCCCAGGCCCACCCAGCAGCCUUUCCUGUUGGGCCCCAGCCGCUGCUGACGGCACAGCAGCUAGCCUCUGCCGUGGCCGGGGUAAUGCCAGGAGGCACGCCAGCCCUCAACCAGCCGAUCCUUAUUCCUUUCAACAUGGCAGGACAGCUGGGUGGUCAACAAGGACUGGUUCUCACCCUGCCUACCGCCAAUCUCACCAACAUCCAAGGGCUGGUUGCAGCUGCAGCUGCAGGAGGCAUCAUGACUUUGCCAUUGCAAAAUCUCCAAGCUACCUCAUCCCUGAAUUCCCAGCUCCAACAGCUUCAGCAUCUCCAGCAACUCCAACAGCAGCAGCCCCCACCCGCACCCCAGCAGACUGGACCGCCAACCCAGCAGACCAACCAGCACCCACCACCAGCUCAGCAGCCACCCCAGCCUCAGCACCAGCUGCAGCCUCAGCCGCAGCCACCUCCAGCCCAGCAACCCCCACCUCCACCUCAACAGCCCUCGCAGCCACCAGCGUCAUCUCAACCACCCCAGCAGAACCAAACCCAAGCUCCAACAUCAAACCAGUCUCCGGCCCAGCAGGCCUCCAGCUCUCCCCAGAAACCCAAUCAGUCCCCCGGACAUGGCCUUCCAUCACCUCUCACUCCAUCAAACCCACUGCAGCUGGUUAAUAACCCACUAGCAAGUCAGGCAGCGGCAGCAGCUGCGGCAGCAGCAGCAACCAUGAGCUCCAUAGCGAGCUCACAGGCUUUUGGCAAUGCACUCUCCAGCCUUCAGGGGGUCACAGGCCAACUAGUUACUAAUGCCCAAGGACAGAUUAUUGGAACCAUCCCUCUGAUGCCUAAUCCGGUGCCAUCCAGCCAAGCUGCAGGAGGAGCACAGGGCCUCCAGGUGCAGCCAAUUACCCCCCAGCUAUUGACUAAUGCCCAGGGUCAGAUCAUUGCCACAGUCAUCGGUAAUCAAAUCCUGCCUGUGAUCAACACCCAGGGAAUCACGCUUUCCCCAAUAAAGCCAGGCCAACAGCUCCACCAACCCUCCCAGACACCAGUGGGUCAAGCUGCCUCCCAGGCCAACCUUCUGCAUCUGGCUCACAGCCAAGCAUCCAUGUCUCAAAGCCCUGUCCGCCAGGCUUCCUCUUCUUCCUCCUCAUCCUCCUCCUCUUCAGCUUUGAGUGUUGGCCAGUUAGUCAGCAAUCCACAGACAGCAGCGGGUGAGGUGGAUGGGGUGAAUCUGGAAGAAAUCCGAGAAUUUGCCAAAGCUUUUAAAAUCCGGCGCCUGUCUCUCGGUCUGACGCAGACCCAGGUUGGCCAGGCUUUAAGUGCCACAGAAGGCCCAGCAUACAGCCAGUCUGCCAUCUGCAGACACACCAUCCUGAGAAGCCACUUUUUCCUACCACAGGAAGCCCAAGAGAACACUCUAGCUAGCAGUCUGACAGCCAAACUGAACCCUGGCCUUUUGUAUCCUGCCAGGUUUGAAAAGCUGGACAUCACCCCUAAAAGUGCCCAGAAGAUCAAGCCGGUGCUUGAACGGUGGAUGGCUGAGGCUGAGGCCCGCCAUCGGGCAGGUAUGCAGAACCUGACCGAGUUUAUCGGGAGCGAGCCCUCCAAAAAGCGCAAGAGGCGCACCUCCUUCACGCCCCAAGCCCUGGAGAUCUUGAAUGCCCACUUUGAGAAGAACACACACCCUUCAGGGCAAGAAAUGACAGAAAUUGCAGAGAAGCUGAAUUAUGACCGAGAAGUAGUUAGAGUUUGGUUCUGCAAUAAAAGACAGGCCCUGAAGAACACAAUUAAACGUUUAAAACAGCAUGAGCCGGCCACAGCCAUCCCAAUGGAGCCUUUAACAGACUCUCUGGAAGAAAAUUCCUAA